UCUCUUGUCUCAUAAACAAAAUAUCUUCCUCAUUUGGAAAAUCCAAUAUGUCUCGAACCUUCUUGUUGGCGUCACAUUCUUUUUAUCAUGCCAGAUAUUUUCAUCUUUUCCUCUUCAACACUAAUCUUACAAAAUCAUCUUCUCCAACUUACACAUUGCCUUUCUCCCUUCAAUAUAUAUAAAUUCUCAAAUUUGCUCCAAUUUUUCUCGGAUUCAUAACUUGCAUUUAUCUAUGGUUUAAUUCAAUCACUAACAACAACUUGGCGUCUCUGUACCUGUCAAUUUUAGGUACAGUUUCCGUUUUCGCAUCAAUUUUUUGGGAUUUUUGGGCUCUGCGUUAGAGAAACAAACAGAAACGGGUAUGGAUCGAGAAGGAGGAUCCUCCGGAUCUUGUUACUAUUCAGUGCUUGGAAUUCGCAAAGAUGCCUCGUGCUCCGACAUUCGCUCUGCUUAUCGGAAACUAGCGCUGAAAUGGCAUCCGGAUAGGUGGGCGAAGAAUCCGACGGUGGCCGGAGAAGCGAAACGCCGAUUUCAGAAAAUUCAAGAGGCCUACUCAGUUCUCUCCGAUCAAGACAAGAGGUCAAUGUACGAUGCCGGCUUCCUUGAUCUGCUUGAGGAAGACGAAGGGAUGGGUGAUUUCUUGCACGAUUUGAUGAACCGAAUGGAUAAAAACGUUGGGGCGGCGGAGGAGAGUCUAGAGGAUCUACAGAGGACGUUUGUGGAAAUGUUCGGUGGAGAUUUAGCAAAGAUGAUGGAUGAUGAAAAUCCAACGGCGAAGAAGAGGGCACGUGAUAUAGGGUGCAGCACAAGAGCUGCUCCAAAACGCAACAAUGCUAAUGUCAAUGUUAAUGGCACCUCUUAUCACUGUUAGUUUUUAAGCAAAAUAUAAUUGAAUUUAAUUACUUGUAACAAUCGUUGUGGGUUGAAUUAUAGAUGAUGAAAUCAUUGAGGAGGAAUUAACUUGUUUAUUUGGGGGUAGAUUAGGCAAGUCAAAACAAUCUUUUUUAGACUCUUGAUUUUUCUAAGCAAGUCGUUCAAAUAUUGGGGCUGCCGAGUUGCGUAAUAAAAAGAUUCUCUUUGCUUGAA